UCCAUGUGGAGUGAACGUGCGUGGACAUGAUGACAUGUGUCUGCUGAAGUACGGAGUGCUGCGAGGACUCUCCUUAAACCCACAGCAGACCUUCGAGAGGUGAAUGUCCAGUAGGUGGCGCUCUGUAGGGGGAGGAGGUGAUGCAGAGGAUGUGGACUCCAGUCACGGUGCGGCGUGUGGUCCUGCUGCGCUCCGCGUACUUUGGGCGCACCUGGGAUAAGGGGGAGCUUCCUGUGACCGUCCGGACCUCACGCUACUUCAGAUGCACUAAUGUCAUCCAGACGAAGGAGGGCCUCAAAACGUCCACAGAGGAAGAAACGCCAUUAAACCCUCGGCAGAGUCCAGCUGGGACUGAGGGUCUUUAUAAGGCAGAUUCGGCAUCUGCCCCUCAGAAUAAGGGUGAUGUCGACCCUCUGCAGGACAAGUCUAUUGGGCUCUUUCAGAGAUUUAAAAAGACGUUUAAACAGUAUGGUAAAGUCAUGGUGCCUGUGCACAUCGUCACGUCCACUGUUUGGUUUGGGAGCUUUUAUUAUGCUGCAAUGAAAGGGGUGAAUCUGGUCCCGUUUUUGGAGUUCAUCGGUUUACCGGAUUGGAUGGUGGGAAUUUUGCGGGAUUCCCAGGGUGGUCAUGCACUCACAGCCUAUGCAAUGUAUAAGCUCGCUACUCCUGCACGGUACACGGUUACACUGGGGGGCACCUCCCUGUCUGUACAGUACCUCCGCAAACAUGGACACCUCUCCACCCCUCCGCCUGUCAAAGAGUACCUUCAAGACAAAAUGGGGGAGACCAGGGAACGACUGACUGGAAAAAUGGAGGAGACGAAAGAGAGGUUUUCAGAGAGAAAAGACCAGUUUUCUGAGAAACUGCAGGAGACGAAAGACAAAAUUACUUUUCGUAAGAAAGCCGACUAGGCUGCAUGGCAUUGGGAAGAGAAAUGUCACUAAAAACUCAGAAGCCUCGUGUGGAAUGUUUCAGACAAUCAAUAAUUGCUGUCACUAGGUAUUUGGUUUUGACUUAAAGGGACAGUUCAGCUGAAAUAAAUAACCUUCUCCUGCAAAAAAAAAUUUUGGCCAUUUUUUGGCCAUAUAAUGCAAGUCAGUCAAGUCCAAAUCAACUUUGGACCCUAAUGACUGAAAAAAGUAUUUUGUGUUCAUACAGGUUUAAAAUGACAUGAGGGUGAAUAAAUGACAGACUUUUCAUUUUUGGGUGAACUAUCCCUUUAAGGAAUGCUCACACACAGGAACCAUCAUCAUGUCGAAAUGGUUUCCAUGCACUUAAAUCUGCAAGUUGAGUGUUUUGGAGAGAAGCAAACUUGAACUAGCAAUAAAACUAGAAUUAUAUUAAGCCAAAAUCAUGUUAAUUGUGUUUGUUUGAAUGUAUUUUACUUAAACUGUUUUAAGUAUUAAAACUAUUUCUACGUGAUUUUUUUUUUUUUUUAAAUGUAUGCAUUUGUUAUUUGAGUUGUUGUGCAUAUUGCCUGGUGAUCUAGACUUUACAAUGUCUUGAAUUGCACUGUGUUUAUGGAGUAUCUGGACCGUUUAAACUCAGUGGGUAAUAAAGAUCAUUUAUUAGCCA